AUGUGUGGAAAAAAGGCAGAUGACAAGGACAUCGAGUGCAAGUUAAGGCAUUUAGACUCGAUCAUGAAGGCAACAGGGAAUCCAGAGGCCAGCCUCGUGCUGUGCCUAUUUCCCUCUGCCUGGCUGAUAGGGUGGAAAGCAUGGUUUGUGGAGAUGUGUGGAAAAAAGGCAGAUGACAAGGACAUCGAGUGCAAGUUAAGGCAUUUAGACUCGAUCGUGAAGGCAACAGGGAAUCCAGAGGCCAGCCUCGUGCUGUGCCUAUUUCCCUCUGCCUGGCUGGUCAUGCACACCCAGGUGGUCCAGGUGAAUGACUCCAUGUAUGGCUUCAUCGGCACAGACGUGGUGCUCCACUGCAGCUUCGCCAACCCACUGCCCAGUGUGAAGAUCACCCAGGUCACAUGGCAAAAGGCCACCAAUGGCUCCAAGCAGAACGUGGCCAUCUACAACCCUGUCAUGGGCGUCUCUGUGCUGACUCCUUACCGCGAGCGUGUGGAAUUCCUGCGGCGUUCCUUCACCGACGGCACCAUCCGCCUCUCCCGCCUAGAGCUGGAGGACGAGGGUGUCUACAUCUGCGAGUUCUCCACGUUCCCUACAGGCAAUCGUGAGAGCCAGCUCAAUCUCACUGUGAUGGCCAAACCCACCAACUGGAUAGAGGGCACCCAAGCAGUGCUUCGAGCCAAGAAGGGACAGGAUGACAAGGUCCUGGUGGCCACCUGCACCUCAGCCAAUGGCAAGCCUCCUAGCGUGGUAUCCUGGGAAACACGGCUAAAGGGCGAGGCAGAGUACCAGGAGAUCCGGAACCCCAAUGGCACAGUGACAGUCAUCAGCCGUUACCGCCUGGUGCCCAGCCGGGAAGCCCACCAGCAGUCCCUGGCCUGCAUCGUCAACUACCACAUGGACCGCUUCAAGGAAAGCCUCACCCUCAAUGUGCAGUACGAGCCCGAGGUGACCAUUGAGGGGUUUGAUGGCAACUGGUACCUGCAGCGGACAGAUGUGAAGCUCACGUGCAAAGCUGAUGCCAAUCCCCCAGCCACCGAGUACCACUGGACCACGUAA